AGAGUGAAAAAUAGCGAUUCAGGGUUGGUGUUGCAAAAUUGUUUUCAAAAUAAUGUCAAAUUUUCGUACAUGUCGUAAGGCAGUUGUUUGAUUUUGGUUUCAUGAUUGUUCCCUGUCAUCAUUGUGACUGAGAGCUCUCAUCAUGUGGUGGUACGGUUUCUCACACAUUGUGUUUCACUUCAUCCGCUGGUUUCCCAAGAGCAACCGAAUGAAGAUUCGAGUUAUCAUCAUCUUAUUUGCCAUUGCGUUACUAAUCCCCCAGUUCUUUGUACUAACAAGGGAGCACUCAACACGCUUCUGCGGCCAACAUUUGUUUGACCAACUCAUUGUGUCCAUUGUUUUUACAUUUUGUAUGAUCGGUUUCACCCUGAUAUUCACUGUGAUGGACCCAGUGCCCUUCGAGGUCAAGGCGGUGUUUCACAUCUUUGGAGGCAUCUGUUUUAUCUUUGGCACGGUUCUUACAAUCUUCACAUCACUGGCAGUUGAAUGUCAAACCAACACACUGGAACUGUACUACAUGUCCCUAUCAUCAGUCAUAUUGUGCCUACUGUCUAUGGUGUUUAUUGUUCUGAUGAUUCCAUUCUGGCUGAUCAACCAUUUCUUCCCCAACGCUGUCUUGGAUCGCAAGGGCAGGACUGGGCUGUGCUAUGAGCCUACUCAGUGCUGCUCAUGUCUCUGGCAUAUCUGAAACCGCAACGCUGAACAAACGGCGACAUCCGUCCAUAUUCAAACACUCUUUAAUAGCAGAUUUAUUGUUAGGAAGUAGAGAUGUACAUAAUUGUAUCAUAACUGUACCACAGAAACAAGAUUUCCCCAGGUGAAGAACAAUGCCCAUGAGAUAAGCACAAGAUUUGUUGCUAACGCAUAAGCAACAGGAAAUAAGACCAAGAUAAUUAAUUGCAGAAUAUUGUUUUAAUUUUUCUGAAGACAAUGUAUCAAAAUGUAUGAUUUUGUCACACACUUAGCUGCCGGGUAGACUUCUAACUCUUCAUUCCCCCCUGCGCAGAAACUGUGAAGUCUAAGCCAAGUGUCAUAGAGCUGCUAACUUGAUCAGCGAAAUCUAUUGCUGAUGUUCAGGACAAUUCCUAGAAUGUGUAUCCCUUUUGUCUAAAACCAUGACAACUAUACAUGUACAUUGUAUAUGUACAACCCAACAAUGAAAGAUAACGCCUGACAACUCUAUUUUCUUGUAAUGAAUUAAUUCACAUCAAAUUAUUUACAAAUAUUUAUAAACAGACUCCACUCGUAAAUUGUUACUUCAGCUGAUUAAUGACAAAAUAUCCACAACUUCUAAUCCUACCUUUUAAUUCUAACAACAGGCAAUUAUUGAACCAAGAAAAAAGAGAAUCUUGAGCAGUUUAUACAAUUGUAAAGUCUUAAAGCUAUAGUCCAUCAUUUGCAGCCAUCCGAAAAGUAACUGGUGUAAUUAUUGUUGAAAAACAUACUUGGUA